AACAGGUUUUACCAAAAAAAAAGUGGGUAAAUGAAAAUAACACAUGCCCAAAGUCAAGAAUUGGCGGUAAAUUCAGAAUUUCAAUUUUUCUAGACUCACUCAACUAGCCCUAGCUCACUCUACCGCCACCCGUCGCCAAACUCCAACUUCAUGAGCCGCUCCCGAUUCUCACCGUCUCUACUCGGCAGAACACCGCCGGGCAUUCUCAGCUAGUAAAACUGUAAAAGAAGUUUCGGUGAGGUUGACGAAAUUUUUUGCUGCAGAAAGAUUAGCCAUUAGGUUUGGUUUUGAAUGUACAUUUCAAUACCAAGAAAAAUACAAUCUGAUGGAGCUAAGGGGCCAUUGCCAUCUGCACUAUAUCCAGGCUAUUAGAGGUGGCUUGCUGAAGAAAGUCCUGAAUGUGAGCUCUUGUGGACAACCUGCACUAAAAUUUAAGGCGAUCAAGGACAUAUAUGAUGCAGAAGAUGCCAAAAAUCAUGACCAUGUUCCAAAAAUCCAUCUAUGGGAUGAUAUGGAAAGCUCACCAUCCAAACUCAAAGGUUUCAAGGUAGAAAGCAGUUACUCACCUUUGGAGGAAAGUGUGGUCAAACUCAAACAUGAGGCUUCUGAAUUGAACUACAACAAUGGAGCUGGGGAAAGAAAUGAUGAUCUUGAUGAUCUCAGCAUUGGCAACAUGACAUUGACACAAAUUAAGGAAAGAUGCAGAACAAAGAAAAGAAAGUUUUCUAAACAAGUUGGUUUAGGUAAGGAACCUGUCGGUACUCUCUUCAGUCUAAAACGGGAUGAUUCCAACUUUGAACAAUAUCACUGUGAUCUGGAGGAGCCUCUCAUUAAUUGGAAACACAAGCUCUCCAAGAAUAUGAAGAGCAAGAAAAAAUGCUCAAGAAAGCAUGUCUCAACUUCAUCUUGCAAUGCGAUUUCUGUAGCUAAAUUGGAGCAGGGAACAGGUGAUCAAGGUUUCCUACAUUCCGAGGAAGACUGGCCUGCACCUCUUAAUGUUAAAGUUGCGGUUUCUGAUCUGGAGUUCUCAGAUUGCCAAGCCGUGAUCUGUCUUAAGGCUGUUACUAAUUUUGGUUGUAGUGAUCAGGUGGACUCUGUUGGAGUUGCAAUCAAUGAGACAACUGAUGCAGGUAUUUUGAAUGAAGGGGCCCUAGUCUGUCUGCCGGAGGAACAUUUUUGUGGUGCUGCUGAUGAAGUUCCGUAUGAAUUUAUUCAAUGUGCCAAGCCUGAAUUUAACGUAGGGGUUUCUGGUUGGGAGAUUGCAAAGGUUGACAGUCCUGAAAUACUUGAUUACAAGCUUUCUGACAUAUCAGAAUUUAACAAUAUCAGUUAUAUAACUUCCUCUCUUCCUUAUGAUUUCUCUUCAGAAUCACAUUCUCCAACAGAGGAUCAUAAUUCUAAUCUGAAUGAUGGCCUCAAAAGUAAUUCUUCCAAACACAUGUUUUGGCUAACUAGCAGCCAUAGCCGGAUUGAAUGCCGUUCAGAGACUGCAGCAUCCAUGUUAGAGUAUCCUACAAGAGAAUCUCAUUGCACUACUGUUAGUGAGGCAUCUUACGAAGAUGCGGAAGAUGUUCAUUCUAAAUUCAAUGUUGGUUUUUCUGGUUGUCAGAUUGUGAAGGUAGAUAGUCCAGAAAUAAACAACUACUGCUCUAACUCAUCAGAAUCUAAGAAAGGAGGUUACAGCAUUUACCCAACACCCCCAGCUAUCCCUUCAGAAUCAUUGUCUCCAACCAAUAAUCAUGGUUCUGAAAUGCAUGAUGGCUUGGACAAAAGUUCAGCUGAGCAUGAUAUAUCAUGGGUGACUAGAUGUCAAAGCCAGAUUCAACUGCCUGACAUGGCCGCUGACAUUAACCUUCAGUGUUCGAAAGAAUUGGAUUGGGUUAAUCAUUGCCUAUUUGAGGAAAUCAGUAAAGAUGAUUGUCCUUCCAAGCUUGAAAACAGUGUCAUCAACUCGUCAAGGGACUAUCUAUUGUCUCAAAAUCUGAAUUCAUAUGCAAGUCCUGGUGAACAUUCGGUCUCUGCUUAUUUUGAAGGUGCUGCUUCCUUUGAUUCAUUUUCAGCAGAGAAGCCAUCUCCAUUGUCCACACUUGCUGAAGCUGUCGAAGGCCACCCCGUAACUCGUGGCACUCUUCAUGAGUUUAUGGCAUCACCACAGCUUGGACACUAUCCUGACUCCAAGCUGCAUCCUCCUCCUCAAAGGCUUAUCUCAGCCAGAAAGACUAUUUCUCCAACUUCUCAAGAAAGGCUUUGUCGAGCUGUGGAGUCCACUGUGUCAGUGGAUAAUGAACAUCGUGAAUGCAGGGGGAAGCUGUACUUUGCAAAGCAAACCAGUCAUAGGAUUUUAAGAGCAGAAGGGCUUGAGCAGUUUAGUAGAGCUGUAGCCACUUCAAUCAUGAGCAAACCAAAACAUGGCAAGGGCAUUCUCAAAGUUCCUCAUCUUCCCUGUUCAGUUCCACAACCCACAAGCUGCAUGUCCACCCAAAGUUGUUCAGAAAAUGCAAUUGCAUUCUCACAGCGUCAAAUGCAUGAUAUUGAAUCUCUUGCGACUAAACUCACAAAGGAAUUGAAAUCCAUGAAAGACAUAAUGAAGGUAAGGUUGCAGUUGGAAGACACUACAGCUCCCGCAUUGAAGCAAAAUACUGAUGAGAUGAAAAUAGCCAUUGACAAUGCAGAAAGAGCUGAAGAAACCACAAUAAGAUGGCUCUCUAUGAUGGCAAGGGAUUGCAGCCGCUUUUGUAAAAUCAUGAAAUCACCUAAAGACCGUUCUUCCCCCUCAGAAAAUUUAAUCCACAAGAAGAGGAAAAUUACUUUUGCUGAUGAGGCUGGAGGAAAGCUUUGUCAUGUGAAGGUUUUUAACGAUGACAUGGCUUCUACUUUGGCCUUUGGCAGUGAAAACCAGAGUUUGCCGGUUGAGUAAUGCUACAGCAUGCAUUCAUUGUACAUUUACAUGUAUUGUGCUCCAUAAAUGUUUAAUCACUGUUCUGACAUAGAAGAUGGUUAAUUAGCCAAGCAUAGCAAGGUUACACAGCUGAUCAUACUGAUUCAUGCAAGAUUGAUGCUUAUCUGAGGUCCAGACAGAACAGCCUGCUACGGCCUGACUAGCCUGAAAUGAAUCAUAAUUGAGGCACAGCUACUCAAAUCCAAGAAACUCACAACCGUUAAACAAGAGGUGAGGAAAGCUGCUGAACGAAACUUUGUAUACGAUUUAACCAUCAUCUUUCGCGCUUGUAGCAACUGUUUAUCUCUGGCACUUCAAUUGAUGUUUUUUCUUUUGAUGUCCUAGCCUAACAUUCCCGU